GUGCCAGAAGCCAGGAGCUGGAGGUGCUACAGACCCAGGGGCCCUUGAGGGUGACCACGGGAGAGACUCUCGAUCUCAACUGCACAUUGAAAGGGUUCGGUCCACCGGGGGGCGUCAGGUGGUACAAAGGCUCGGACAGAGGCCAGCCUCCCGUUUACAAUGAUAAAGCACCACCUCCAUCGUCCCAAGUGGCCAGGGUCACUCCUGGGUCAAACAUGGACUACAGCAUCCGCAUCAGCAACAUUCAGCCCGACGAUGCCGGGACCUACUACUGUGUGAAAUACAAGGCAGGAUCCCCGGAAACGGAAUAUAAAUCGGGAAAGGGCACUGAGGUUUUGGUGAUUGCCACACCAUCCCAGCCCUCUAUCGUUGGUCCUCCAAGCAGAGUCGAUGCGGGGGCCUCGGGGACGUUCACCUGCACCUCGGAUGGAUUCUUCCCCCGAGACAUCACGGUCACCUGGCUUAAGGAGGGGAGGGCCAUCCCCGCCUCCCGGACCACGACUCUGCCCCCGAGAGAGAGCAUCUCCUACCGAGUGGUGAGCGCCGUGGAGGUGUCCCUCACAGAGAAGGACGUGAAGUCGGAGCUCACCUGCCAGAUCCAGCACAACACCUUGCCCGGCCCCCUGCGGCAGAGCUUCAAACUUGGCGAUGCCCUCCGAGUCGCCCCCAAGAUGUCGAUGGAACCCAGCCACCCAGUCAACGUCAUCGUGAACCAGUUGGUGAUGAUCGCCUGCAGCGCGAAAGGUUUUUAUCCCAACGACACAAGCCUGGUGUGGCGGGAGAACGGCAGUGAGACGGAUCUGGGAACACCUGAGCCCCUGACCCAGGAAACGGACGGGACGUUCUCCGUGAAGAGUUCCCUGGAGGUGAACGCAACAGAGCAGAGGAACCACUCCGUAUUUACCUGCUACGCCGUGCGCAACUCCCAGAUUUUGGAUCACGUAAACGUGACACUGAAAAUACACAGAGGAAAGGGAGACAGCUAUUCAGCAAAUACAGGUAAAGGCUCGACAUCCGUGAGGUUAAAUGAGUCUGAGAAGGCUUCCGGGGGCACAAAUCAGCCCCCCCUCGGGAGAAGGGGUGGCGGCGGCCUCGUCCCCCAGGCCCAGCGGUGGGUAGAGCACAGCCGCUCCGCCAGCACCUGCAUCCCAGCUCCCUCCACCGGGGUCAGACAGGAGGAGGGUCUUGGCAUGGCAGCGGGCCCGCAUCAGGGAGACCUCUCGGUGUGUUCGGUGCUGGUGGUGGUGGCGGGGCGCAGCGUGGAGCAGCGUCAGAGUCGCCUCGGCUGCCCCGGAUGA